UUUUGAUGACGUCAUUGGGACUUUCCUGGUAGCUACGAGAGAGAGCUAGCUAGCAAACUUGGUAACGAAAGGGGCUACGAAGGAGACAGGAACGAGGAAGAAAUUCUUGUGAAAAUAAUGAAGGGAGAAAGCGACUCGUUCAUUAUUGAGUGCUUCGAAGAGUAAAAACUCCACUAACAAGCAAUAUAAACACUGAAAUAACCACCGAGUACCGAAUGUCAACAACGCGGCCCCUUCUCGGGAUGAAGCGAAUCACCGAGUUAACCUGCUCGGAGCCUCCGGGAACCAGACUGUCUGCGCCGGUCAAAAAACAGCAACAAGAAGUGUUGACAGUGGAUGAGUUCACAGUUCCUGAGGCGAAACAGGACGAGUUGAAAUGCGUCAAGCCCCGGGUUGAGCAGGUUUUUGAAGUGGCGUUCACCAUUAUCGGCCUGUUAGACCCAACCGGAGCCCACGGCACCAAAGCUUCCAGGCAAAUUUGGCUUCAGCUUAAGGGAAAAAGAGAAGAUGUUUCAAAGGCUAAGGAGUACGUGAAGGGGCUGUGCGACCCAGAGCACCAGCAGUUGGAGGUGUACCCAGUGGACAUGCACUGCAUUUUCGUGGGCGCCCGGGGCCUGUUCCUGGAUCAGCUCCUCCGGGACACCAGUGCUGAGGUGGCGGUCCUGGAGCCGGGCCGGCUCCGCCUCCUGGGCGGGGCGGAGGCCGUCGUCAUGGCGCAGAGCCGCGUGCAGCAGUUCGUGGCGCUCUUCCAGGAGAACAAGAGCCUGCCCGGAGACACGGAGCCCGCCGUCAAGCGGGCCUUCAAGACCUUCGUGGAGGAACGCGCCGACAAGUACGCCAUGGAGCUCCUGCUGCUCCCCAGCGCCCUGAAGGAGGAGCUGCUGAGCCUGGCCUGCGGAGCCUCGCCCCCGCCCCGCCCGCCGAACCCGCCCCCCGACCCUCCGCCCCCCGACCCGCUGGACCGCUCCCGCACCAGCACGCCCGUCACCGAGCUGUCCAACCGCAUCCUGGACGCGUCCUUCGAGGACAAGGUGGGCGCCGGGGCGGAGGUGGUGGUGAACGGCCGGCCCUGCCACAAGCGGCGGUCCUCCGAGAGCGAGGCGCGCGACACCAAGCGGCAGUUCUCCCAGGAGCGGCGCGACGAGGAGCUGGAGACCGACUGGUGCUGCAUCGGCGGCGAGGGCCGGGGCAAGCAGCACAACAACGCCGCCCCCAAAGCGGACGAGGAGGUGGUGGUGCUGGACUCCAGCGAGCUCUCGGACGACGGCGCCGACGGCGUCAGCCCCGAGACUAACUUCAAGUGCCUGGUGAACUUCUUCAGGACCAUGGGCUACCAGCAGGAGGUGGUGGAGAGGGUAGUGAAGGAGGCGGGGCAGAGGGAGGAGGACACCUUCCUGCUCUUGGAGCGCAUCGUGGAGGAGAGUCAGCGGGCGGGAGCGGGGGCGGGGGUGCGCACAAGAGAGCCCAGGACGCCCAGCCCCUCCUGCCAGCCUGCCGCCAUCCCCUCUUCCUCCUCCUCCGCCUCCUCGUCCUCAUCCUCCUCUCGGGGCAGGGAGAAGGACAGGGCCCACAGCAGGGCGCACGUGGAGGUGAAGUCCAAAGAGAACAUCCACCCCGACAGUAACGGCCUGUACCUCCAGCCGCACGGCGGAGUCGUGCACGCCCACCCGGCCGGGCCCCCGAGGAGGCCCCGCGAGAUCAUCACCAUCCCGGACGACGACGACAGCGAGAGGGUGCUGGUGGCCACCCGGGUCCGGCCGGCGUCCAGGCCGGCGACGAGGCCCAACUUCGCCGUGGCCAAGAUGGACUACCUGUCCCGGGGCAGCACGAGGACCCUGGGGCCCGAACGGGUGGAGAGCGUCACGCCCCUCCGCAGCACCACCCAGCGGCCCCCCCAGACUCUGGAGCGCCCCGGCUGCUCUUACCAGACCGUGGGGCCGCCCCGGCUCCCCCCUUCCUCCACCCCCACCCCCGGCCCGGCCCCCAGCCCCGUUCCCCAGCCCCCAAAGGCUGCGCCCCUCACAGGGGUGUCCCGCUUCCAGCAGUCGCUGCGCACGCCCUACCGGCUCACCCUGCAGAACGAGACCGGAAACCCGGGCCUCCGCCACAUCAUCAUCGACGGCAGCAACGUGGCCAUGACGCAUGGACUUCACCGGUUCUUCUCCUGCCGUGGGAUCGCCAUCGCCGUGGAGACCUUCUGGAAGCGAGGCCACCGCGAGAUCACCGUCUUCGUGCCGCAGUGGAGACAGAAGAGAGACCCCAGCGUCACAGAGCAGCACUUCCUCGGCCAGCUGGAGGACCUGCGGCUGUUGUCCUUCACCCCGUCCCGGGAGGUGUGUGGGCAGCGGAUCUGCUCCCAUGACGACAGGUUCCUUCUCCACCUAGCAGAGAAGACGGGUGGGGUCAUCGUAACCAAUGACAACCUGCGGGACUUUGUGGACACGUCGGAGGCCUGGAGACAAAUCAUCAAAGAGAGGCUGCUGCAGUUCACCUUUGUGGAGGACCAUUUCCUCAUCCCGGACGAUCCCCUCGGCAAGCACGGCCCCCAGCUGGAGGAUUUCUUACACAAGGACUUCAGGCUCAGCCCAGUCACCGCCCCCUCCAGACCGGAGCUCCGCGUCACUCCUCCGGUCUACGUCCAAGCCCUGCAGUCGGCCCCGCGCCCCUCUCUGGCCCCCCAAACCAGGCCCCCGACCCGCUGGCCCCACACCGGGCCCCCCGACUGGUACCCGCCCCGGCCCUCUAACCCCUCCCCCCCGGCCCAGCGCACGCCCGGCGAGACCGCUGACCUGAAGAGGAAGCUGUACGACAUCUUCCCCGACCACAAGCCCCGCAUCGACCGCAUCCUCAGCGAGAACCCCUACAUGAGGGACCUCAACGCCCUGUCGGGCCUGCUGCUGGGCUGAGCCCACCACGGGGGGCUGGGCCGUGCAGCUCUCCCAUUUUAGGAGAAAUUGUUCCUGAAAAUAGUUUUUGUGCUAACUUGAAAAAAUAAUGUAGAAGCACAUCUACUAAUUGGGUUGCAUUGGUGUGCUCCCUGGAAAAAAUAUAUAUGGUAGAGCAUUGGGGUGGGUGUGUGGAGGGGGUGUGCCCUCUGAGAGCAGGGUUCGACAGACUGGCCCCUGGGCUUUUAGUGUAAUAAUAAAAGGGGACUUUUAAACCCGCUGCACUAUGGGGAAAAAUAGAGUCUGCCUGCCAGACGUCAACUUUACACUGCAGUCCCGUUGACCGGAGGUCCUGGGGAACCUGCCCCCGCCCCUCGCUUCCCGGCUCCUCCGGCACACUCACUUCCUGCCGUCUGUUUUCGGGUUCCCGCCUGAUAAUGUCAAUCAAAGUGAUUGUCCAACGGAAUUAGAGGAUCGGGUGGAGGAACGGGUUUGGCGGAAGUGGGCGUGCACACAGAUGUAUAUAUGAAUUAUAAAUGUUUCCUCGUAAUUUAUUUCUGCAGAUUUCAGUUUGUGUCAGCGGGAGAGACUUCUUGCUUCAGCUUGCGAGGCCCGUGGCGGUGUUCCCCCGACUGCUGCGGGAGAGGGGGG